AUGACAUCCAAGCACGAAUAUACAUAUUCGUCGUCAAAAAAUAGUACUGAUGCAGAUGAAAUCUUUGAUCAAGUUGAUACCAACAACGAUGGUGUAAUUGACCGUGAUGAAUUAGCAGCGAUAGUUGGUGGUAAACAUAAAUCGUCGUCGUAUGAAACAUUAAGACAUUCAUCUGGUGGUGGUAUUAUUGAUAGUGGAAGUGUUGGUUAUGGAGGCGUCAGUGGUACCUAUCAUUCAACAACAUAUGAAGGAAACAGUGAUUAUGAUAUUUCAGCACUUAGUAAAGCCGCUAGUUAUACUGCUGAAACCAAUGCAGCUUGGUCCAGAUAUGGUGCUGAAGUACGAGGCGUUGGUCUCUAUGUCGAUCCAAAUCCAGAAAUCAUUCGACGACAAAUACCUGCUGGUACUGAAACCUAUACACAACACAUACGAAUCCGCUUUUUACAACCGCCACAUGUUGCAUCAGCAGGUCCACUCAUCAUCAAAGAAGUGCGUCCACCUGCACCUGCUCCUCUACCACCGCUUCGUAUCAGACAACAAGCACCAGCACCUCCACAACUACCUCCACUCAUUCUUCGUGAAAGACCACCUACACC